AAAUGGCAAGUGGUUCGUAUGCGAUCGGUGCAAAUGCAGCCAAAGACACAUCGUUUAGGACAUGUUUAUGUGCGCUGUUGGUUUUUAUCGCAAUUUGUGCCAUUUUAUUGCUUUCACUGCUGUUAACCAAAAAAGGAAGAAGCGAAGAAGAAAAGGGUACGGAGUAUAUGAGAUAUCAUGGCUCUCCACCAGUUACUGAUAAAACAAAUGAAAAAAAUUUGUCAGCUACAACUCACCCUACAACGACACCGACCACAACAACCACAAUAACGACACCAAGCACAACGACAACUCAUGUUAACACCAAAGAGUCAACGCCGAAAGACGCCAUGCAACACACAACUGCAGAGUAUUUCAUAACCGAGGGGAAAUUAGGGGAUACUACACAACCAAAGGAAAUCGGUGAUAUUACGUCAACUCUACGCUCGACCGUUCAAGGAACAGUAUCUACACCCGAUACCACAUUAAGCACGCCAUUUAUCGACGUUCGAUUAUCGGGUAAUGAUACCACAACCUCCAACCCAACAACAGUAACUACACCGACCACAACAAAUACGUUACCGAUGUCGCAGACCACCAUCGCAACCACAGACUCAAAUUCAACUACAGUAAAAGAUACACCAGUUGUAAAUGUAACAAGCUCCACUACAACCCCAACAACAGUUACAGCAGCGAAAACAGCAACAUCGGCCCGUACAACAACACCCAAAGUUACAACUGAAUAUAUCGACGAUAGCAUGAACGUAGUUGAGGCAACCGGUUUUGAUACGACAGAAACACCCCCGAUGACACCGGGUUCUUUGGGGCAAAUAGUCACUACUACAGAAAAGGAACCGGAACCAAUAUGUCUAUCAUCAAAAUGCAAAUCGGUAGCUUCUGCCAUGCUAGGUUCCAUGAAUCACUCGGUCGAUCCAUGCGAGGACUUCUACGAGUUUGCAUGCGGGGGUAUGAAACUCGAUUAUGAAGAUUCGGACACCUGGCUAAGGAUAUGGGACCAAACGCAUCAUAUUAAUGAGACAUCUCCGCAAUCCUUGCAGACCUAUAAGACAUUUUAUGACAGCUGCGUCUCCCACGAGUACCUUUUUAAUUACGAGUUCCGGACCAUUGUGGUGCAAGAACUAGUAAAAGAAGUGGGUAAUUUUAUGGACACAUACGAAGGUAGCGAACACAUAGACAUAACUAAACUUUUUGCUUACCUCAUCUUGCGUCGAUCGCUUCCAAUAAUGGAGGUCGCGCUUGAUAUCGACAAAGAAACCUCCAAGUUUAUACUGACGUUGAGUGUACCAAGCAAGGUAUCCAUUUUACUUGACAAAACGGAAGCCGCGAAAUUGACUGAUUUACAAAACCGCUGUUUGGAUAAGUUCAGAACACAAUUACAACAGGAAUUUGUCGAUCUGAACGAGAUUCACGACCAGUUCAUAGAGUGUCAAAAAGACUAUACCGUAUAUUUAUUUUCGAUACAAACGGCUGCUGCGUCCGUAGGCUUUUUUUCUAACUGGACGAACACGUACAAUCGAACGCAGGUUAUGCAAGAUUUACGCACGACGAUAGAAUGGGACGUUUUAGAUCAUUCGAACGCUCUUCCACCACCAAACGAAAGGCGAGAAUCUACCUUACUGAAGGAUUACACCUUGAAGACAAUAUCCGACUUGCAAAUUGAAUAUCCGUUCUUACAAUGGACGAAAUUUUUUAAAAUUCUCACCGAAAAAGAUCUAGGCGAAGAAACGUUAGUCCAGGUGUACUUUCCAGAUUAUUUUGAACAACUCUUCGCUGGACUGAGCGUCGCACCACUAUGGCAAGUAUUAUUCUUCUAUUGCGCUGUUCAUUUUUUUAAUUGUACAAAGUCACUGGUACCUACUUCACAACUGGUGAACGCGUAAUUGUGCCCAUCUUGGGCACUUUUACCUAAGAAGGUAGGUACAUAGAUCAAUCAAAUGGCUCUGGGCCACCGGGUUGGUCUCUGACACCAGCGAAACUCAAACUCAUAUAAGAGCAAGAAUAAAAGGUCUUUUUUUGGUUACACUUCCGUCACGAAAAGUUCGAAAUUCGAUUUCGCCGACAUUUCGUACAAGAUCCUACAUAAGGUCAACCUUCGCCUUAUCUGUUUACCAAGUGAAAUACAUUUUUUAGCAAUCUUAACAUGUAGACAAACACAUUUCAAAUGGGUUGCCUAACAAAAUUAAGGCAAGACUACCCUUAAUUAAAAUUCCUGUAAUUAAUAUUUCUGUCUGCUUCUAUCACAUGGAGAGAGCGCGUGAACACUCUGUUACGUCACGCGAAGAAGAAAGAAAAGAAUUUAUCGAAAGUCAAUCUCGUAGCUAGUACAGAAAGCUAGUUUCUUUCAAAUAAUAAAUGACCGAAGAUUAAAACAGGAAAAUGGUUAGAAGGAUUUUGGUAUCAGAAACAAGCCGAUUGUCGCGAUUGUUUCCUUGAAACCUACGAAGAAUCGAAAGGAUCUGAACCACGCGAAGAGACGAAAGAAUCGAAAAAUCGAAAACAUGCAAGGACUUGCUGAGAAAUGUAAAUAACCUGAACUUUAAGAGUCUAAAGGCUUAAAUCACUGGAGGAAUUCGAAGAAAAGCAAAAAUCCGGAAGAACUUCAGAAUCUGAAGAAUGUCAUGGGCUUGAAGAAUCAAAAGAAUCUGAAGCACCCUAAGAACCCAAGGAGAUUAAUUGAAAUAAGUUAAGAAUUGAAAGAAAUGGAAGCUAACAAAUCAGAUGAUAGAAGAAAUGAAAGAAUCCCAAGGUUCAUAAGAACC